AUGAAAAAAGAAAUAACUUUCAAUGUAUGCUACGGAGAGGAGGAGAAGAAAAAUGUAAUGGGAUUACUCGUGGAAAAUAAUUUUGAUGAAGUUUAUGAGCCCCUAACUAGUGAAAGUUUGAUGUUUUUUUUACCAUUAAAUGGGUUAUAUGUAAUAGAUUAUCAAUUACAUUUUUUUAAAUAUAAUGAUAUCAAAAAAAUAUAUAUUGUUGUAACACAUCAUGAAAAUGAAUUGCAAAGUUAUGUUGAGAAAUUUCAGAAAAGUAAAAGAAAAUACAAUGAUUUAGAUAUAGAAAUAAUUAAAAUGAACAAAAAGACAAAAAGCUUAGGAGAUGUUUUAAGAGAUUUUAAAAAAUGUAAAGACGUAUAUGAUGAUAUAUUAUUAUUACUUUCUGAUACUAUACCUAUAUCAAAUAUAAAGGAAAUAAUUAAAGCUCAUUUUAUAAAUAAAGAAAAAUGCAAAAAUCAAAUUAUGACGCUUUUACUAACUCAUGGCACAAAUGAUAAUAUGAAAAAUCAGGAUGAAGAAUUUGUAAUUGCUUAUGACAAUUUUACACUUAAACUGUUAUUAUUUGAAUAUAUAAAAAAUAAAAAUUAUAUAAGCAUAACCAAUGAGAUAUUUGAUCAAGUAAAUCAUAAUAGCAAAAAUAUAAAAUCAAAGAAAAAAGAAAAUAAACCAUUUACUCAAGUAAACAAUAAAAAAGAAACAGCUGUAGGAGAACGCUCGAUUUUUUCUAUCCUUAGUUCUUCAGUUAGUUCUAUUAUUAUAUCUUGUGAUGUGCUCAUACCAAAUAUAUAUAUUAUAACCCCUGAUGUUUUAAAACUAUUUGAAGAUAAUUUUGAUUAUCAAUGUAUUCGUAAAGAUUUAAUUUAUAAUAUAUUAAAACAAGAAAUAAAAAUUGAAGAAAUAUAUGUACACGAAUUAAAUGAUGAUCAUAAUUAUACUGAAUGCAACCAAAUGAUUGUUACUUUAUUUGAUUUUCGAAUUUAUUACAAUUUUUAUAAAACAUUAAUAGAAAAAAAUAUUCAUCCAUUUUUAUCUAAAGCACAUCAUCUUUUACCUGAUAUGCCUCAAUUAAUUUAUACCGAGCCAGGAUUUUAUAGGUCCAAAAAUUCAUUAUUUGGUGAUGAUUGUAAAAUCUUCAAAUCAAGUUCUAUUGAAAAAUUUUCAGAAAUCAUGAAUGAUACAACUAUUGAAAAUUCGGUCAUAUGUAAAAAUUGUAAAAUUCAUAAAAAUGUUACAAUUGUAAAUAGUAUUAUCGGAAAAAAUACUACUAUAAAAAGUAACGUAGUUAUAUUAAAUUCUUUUGUUAGUGAAAAUGUAAUCAUUAAUAAAAAUGUGUAUAUUGAUGAGGGCUGUAUUAUUGGAAAAAAUAUGAAUAUCCCGGAGGGACUAAGGAUUAAAAAAUAUACCAGACUUAGCAGUUACAAAUAUGAAAUGGCUAAAGCGAAACUUGCUGAAGCAAGCAAGCAUGAGGUUGAGGACGCGAAAAGGAAAGAAACUAAGGAAGAGAUAAAAGAAAUUGAAGAAGAAAUAAAAGAUGAGGUUAAAGAGACUAAGGAAGAAACAAAGGAAGAGCUGAUAACAGUAAAUGCGAAGGAGGAUGUUGAAGAAAGCAAGGUUGAAAGUGUGAAGGAGAAAUAUGAAGAGGCGAGAGUUGAAGAAGCGACGGUUGAUGUUGAGGAGGAAAAGACGAGGGAGGAAGAAGAAUUCAACAUAGAAAACUAUAUAGUUAAAACAAAAUAUUCUGAUGAAAAAUUAAGAUCGUUUUUUUUCUAUACUCAUAAUCAUGAAGAUGGUAAAAAGUUAAAAACAUUUAGUUCGUUAGAAUAUGACUCAGACGAAGAAAUUGAAAGCAGCUCAGAUUAUUCUGGGGAUAAGGAACAUGAUGCACUAUGUUGCAGCGAUGAAAAUGAUAACGAAUCUGAAACACAUGAUAAUAAUAAUUUUGGAAUUGAAUAUGAUAAUUCAAAUGAAAAAUCCAUAGAAAGUGAAAAAGCUACUUUUAAUAAUGAAAUAUCAUUAUUAUGUAAAGAAGCUUUUGAAAAGCCUCAAUUUAUGAAUCAUAAAAUAUUAGAAAUGAAAAGUUUUCGUCUUUCACAGAAUUAUACAGAUUUAGAUGUAAUCAUAUCAUUUUUUCCAAUUUUUUGGCAAUUUAUAAAUAAUCUGGAAUUUGAAAAAGAUACAUGGAUUGAUAAAUUUGACGAUACUAAAUUAGAUUUACUUUUUUCUUCAUUUUUAAUAGAUGAACCAAUAUAUUAUGAAACUAUUUAUGAUUUAAUUCUCGAGUUUUCAAAGAAAACAUAUUUAGAUAAUAAUGUCAAAAAUAACAUACAUGGGCCCAGCCGACUUUGUAACACUUUUGAGUACAUAUACCAUUCAGACAUUUUUGAGUUUAACCACUUUAAUAAAUGGAUUAAUAACCGAGGAAAUGACGAUUAUUUGAUAGGCAACAAACGGCUAAAAGCUUUCGCUGAAUGGGUUUCAGGGGAGUAG